AUGGCGCGACCCGAUCUCACUGGCUUCAGCGCCUCCAAGCUGGCCGCGGCCGCUUCCAGCAAAGCAGCCGAUCCAUGGGCACGGAAUGAGGCCUGGCGGUACUCUGGACCUUUCACUCGCGCCAACCGAUUCCGAAACUCGUUUCCUGGACUGGGGAUCGCUACUGUCGCAUUCGCCGGAUAUCUUGCAUACGAACAGUUCUUCAUGACCAGCUCGCACGGUCACCACGACGAGGCUCACGGCAAAGACCACCACUAG